AUGAAAAUUUCACUUUCUACGUGCCAAAAAGCUGUGAAGUCUAUUGAUAAGUACUCUCUUUAUGUACCAAAGUCUGGAGUGUUUCCUCAAGGAUUUAAAGCGGGCUCUUUAGCAUCUGGGGUUAAAAAGAACGGGAACCUCGACCUUGGCAUUAUCUUGAACACCAAUAAAUCCAGACCAUCCACUGCAGCAGCUGUUUUCACCACGAACAAAUUCAAAGCUGCGCCAGUUCUAUUAUCGAAGAAGGUUUUAGAUAUUUCGGGAGGUGAAGGAGUUGAUGCUAUUGUAGUGAAUUCUGGAUGCGCUAACGCUGUUACUGGUGAUGUUGGAUUGCAAGACGCAAAGCAGAUGGUUGGUGUGGUCAAUAAAAAAAUUGGUUCUGAAAAUGCGACGUUGGUAAUGUCGACGGGCGUUAUCGGCCAACGUUUACAAAUGGCCAAAAUCUCCAGUGGUAUCGACCAAAUCUUUGAUGCAGACAAGUUUGGUGACGAUCAUGAAUCCUGGUUGAAUCUUGCCAAAUCGAUUUGCACCACCGAUACUUUCCCUAAAUUGAUCACUUCCAAAUUUAAGCUGCCAAGUGGCACUGAGUAUACGCUUACAGGCAUGGCGAAAGGUGCAGGUAUGAUUUGUCCUAACAUGGCCACACUUUUGGGUUUUAUUGUUACCGAUUUGCCUAUAAAGAGCAAUGCUUUACAAUCCAUGCUUUCCUCCGCUGUGACAAGAUCCUUCAAUUGCAUAUCUGUCGAUGGCGACAUGAGCACAAACGACACGAUUUGUAUGCUAGCCAAUGGUGCUGUUGACACCGCAGUUGUUGAUGUUACGUCCCCAGAAUACGAACAAAUCAAAGAUCAGGUUACGAGCUUUGCUCAACGUCUCGCUCAACUUGUGGUUCGGGACGGAGAAGGUGCCACAAAAUUCGUUACCGUGAAUGUUAAAAAUGCGUUGAAUUUUGCGGAUGCCAGGGUCAUGGCUGAAGCAAUUUCGAACUCCAUGUUAGUGAAAACUGCCUUGUAUGGCCAGGAUGCCAACUGGGGUAGAAUUUUGUGUGCGAUUGGAUAUGCUAAGCUUGGCGAUGUGGCCUCUUUGGAUCAAUCGAAAAUUAACGUAAGUUUUGUCUCCACGGAUGGGUCAGAGCCUCGCGAAUUGAAGUUGAUCGUUGAUGGCGUACCACAACUGGAUGUAGAUGAGGAGAGAGCGUCUCAGAUUCUAAGUUUGCCAGAUCUCGAGGUUCUAGUUGACCUAGGCACAGGUAAGGAGGAAUGUCAAUUUUGGACCUGUGACUUGACUCAAGAAUACGUUACCAUCAAUGGGGAUUAUCGCUCGUAG